CCGGUCGCACAUUGGUACUGGGGCUGUGGCCCUUUUCUAUAUGUGCAGUGGAUUUCCGUCCCCUGUCUCUCGUUGCACUGGUCCCCGAGACGGAGUUGGAGCUCUCAUUCACCUUCAUCGGAUUCGGGAAAGCCUCGCUCGUCUCCUCUGUCAGUCGCUAGAGCUCGAGGAGCAGUGCGCAAUUUAUGAGAGGAGGUGGUUUUGCUCUUGUUAGGGAAAUUGGAGCAUAGAAAAAUUGGAGUUAUCAUGCCCUCGCUGGGGCUGUGCAGGCCCCCCUUUGUCGCUGCCGCGAAUGCGCAGUCACAUUGCACUUCCUCUUGCUCCUCGGCCUCCACCUCAGUGUCGAGUUUCAUUGUGGGCGGGAUCAGGCGGUGCGGAAGCGGGAAAUGGCGAUGGAAGGAAGCGUCCAGCAGAGCGCCGUGGUCGCGGCCCCGGGGUCAUGCGGAGUGUGGGGCGCAAGGAGGCGAUAGUGAGGUUCAAUCUUUUGGUGCUAGUAGAAGACCCGGUGAAUCGUGGAGGUCUUAUGCUUAUGGCGACGAUAUUCCUACGCAAGCCGAGACUGUCACUCAAGGCACACAAACUGUACAAACAGAUUACAAGCCGACUCCAGAUUUAGAUUACUUGCAGGAGCUUCUAGCAAUUCAACAGAAUGGACCAAGGGCUAUAGGCUUUUUUGGAACUCGGAACAUGGGGUUCAUGCACCAGCAACUCAUUGAGAUUCUUAGUUAUGCGAUGGUUAUCACGAAUAAUCAUAUAUAUACAUCUGGAGCAGCGGGAACAAAUGCGGCGGUUAUAAGGGGAGCAUUGAGAGCUGAAAGACCAGACCUUCUUACUGUAAUUCUGCCUCAGAGCUUGAAGAAGCAACCGCCUGAAAGUCAAGAUCUCCUAGCUAAGGUUAAAAAUGUUGUGGAGAUGCCUCACAACGAUCAUUUGCCGUUGAUUGAAGCUAGCAGACUGUGCAAUAUGGACAUUGUAACACAUGUGCAACAAGUUAUCUGCUUUGCCUUUCAUGAUAGUAAGUUGCUCAUGGAGACUUGUAGUGAAGCAAAAAAUAUGCGCAAGAUAGUUACCCUUUUCUAUCUAGAUUGACGAUGUUUGGUAGUGACGAAUUUGUGAGGAUAUCAUCCGCUAUCGAUCCUCACAUUUAUAAUUGAGCACUCGAACAUGCUUUUGUUGGAAGAGCAAUCUCCUAGAACGUAGUCGAUUCUUUCUUCAAGCAUUUGAAGCUCCACUCUGGUAAAUCUUCUGGUCUCUUCAGAUAGAGUUAAAGCUUUUGAGAUCACCAGUUAUUCCGAUCAUCUCGUAAUAAAUUGAUGUUUCUUGACGAUGUUCA